AUGGAGGUGGGAGUCCAGCCUAUGGAGAAGGAAGUGGCUGUCGGGAGCUGUGAUGGAAGUGAUGUUUCUAAGAUUGUGCAUGGUGCUGUAGAGAUCGUGGAAAGGCCAAUGAUGGCAGUAUCUGGUGGCUUCCAAACGGGGGAGGUGUCUCUCCUGGAGGAAGUGCUGGGCGGUGACGCUGCAGUGGGCGUGGUGGUUGCUGGGGAGACCAAGAUAGGUGACCUGGCCACACUUCAUCGGGCCAAGGGUCAGUAUAAGCGUGGGCCUUCCUUCUGGUCUCUUGCGGCCAAGGCAUACGAUGAUACUGAUGAUGAUGAUGAUGAUGUACAGGAUGCUGGGGAUGAUGGAGAUCCCGUAUGUGGGGAUCCCACCCCAAUUCAGGUUAUCGAACCCCUCAUAUUGGCUAUUAGGGAGGUGUUAAAACUCCCCCUGGGGGAUGCAAGUACUCAGCAGUCAUUUUUCCUCCCUCAAAAGGAACCAAAAGUCACAUUCCCUGAUUACACGGAAUUGGAUGACUUAUUUCAACUAGCCUGGAAGAACCCAGAUAAAAAAUAUCAGGGUUGCACAGUAGUGAAGAAGACAUCUGGUGAGUGUGAGACACCCAGCAGCCAUCCCCGUGUGUCAGGAGGUCUGAGCAGAACCCAGAGCCACAUCACGGUGCCUCCACCUCACUCACUGAUACAUGAGAGGCACAGUGACCAGAAGAUCCUGGAACUCACCAACAAGAUCAUUCAGCUGUUGACUGGAGAGGAGGGGGAGUAUAUAGAGGAACACAGGGGUCUGUACAAGGACAUGAUGAUGGAGAAUCACCGGCCCGUCACAUCACUGGAUGGGCCCAGUAACAGAGAUACCCCAGAGAGAUGUCCCCGUCCUCUGUAUUCCCAGGAUUGUACAGCGGAUAAUCACAGGAUCCCACAGGAGGAUCAGGUAGAACGUCUGUCUGAUUUUAAAACAGAAUAUAUAGAGGUAGAAGAAGAGACGUAUGUGACUGAUAUAAAGGCAGAAGAUAUAGAGGGAGAAGAAGAGACGUAUGUGACUGAUAUAAAGGCAGAAGAUACAGAGGGAGAAGUAGAGACGUAUGUGACGGAUAUGAAGGUAGAAGAUAUAGAGGGAGAAGAAGAGACGUAUGUGACAGAUAUGAAGGUAGAAGAUAUAGAGGGAGAAGAAGAGACGUAUGUGAUGGAUAUGAAGGUAGAAGAUAUAGAGGGAGAAGAAGAGACGUAUGUGACAGAUAUGAAGGUAGAAGAUACAGAGGAAGAAGAAGAGACGUAUGUGACAGAUAUGAAGGUAGAAGAUAUAGAGGGAGAAGAAGAGACGUAUGUGACUGAUAUGAAGGCAGAAGAUAUAGAGGGAGAAGAAGAGACGUAUGUGACUGAUAUAAAGGCAGAAGAUACAGAGGGAGAGGAAGAGACGUAUGUGACUGAUAUAAAGGCAGAAGAUACAGAGGGAGAAGAAGAGACGUAUGUGACUGAUAUAAAGGCAGAAGAUAUAGAGGGAGAAGAAGAGACGUAUGUGACUGAUAUAAAGGCAGAAGAUAUAGAGGGAGAAGAAGAGACGUAUGUGACGGAUAUGAAGGUAGAAGAUACAGAGGAAGAAGAAGAGACGUAUGUGACAGAUAUGAAGGUAGAAGAUAUAGAGGGAGAAGAAGAGACGUAUGUGACUGAUAUAAAGGAAGAAGAUACAAAGGAAGAAGAAGAGACAUAUUUGAGAGAUGGUCAGCAGUGUAAGGAGGAGGAAAUCCCUACAGAUAUCAGCACAGAUGGACACACAAGCAGGAAUAUCUCAGAAGGACAUCUAAUGUUAUCCCCGGAUUGUGACAUAAAAGAUAAUGACAGUAGACCGGAUUCUCCAGGAGAUAACCUCAUUACCCCAAUUAUACAUCCAGCUCUAUCAGCUGAUCCCCCUGAUCCUGGGAAAUGUUCUCCUGAUCAUUCUGAUAUUGGUGCAUCUGUUACAGCUCUGAGAGUAGAUACAGUGUUUCCCUGUUCUGUAGAUGCCAAAUGUUUUACACAGAACACAAAGUGUAUUACCCAUCAGCCAGCUAAGGCAGGUGGGAGGCCACUGAUAUGUUCUGAGUGUGGGAAAUGUUUUAUAUGUAAGUCACGUCUUGUUAGACAUGUGAAAGGCCAUACAGGUGAUAGGCCAUUUCCAUGUUCUGAGUGUGGUAAAUGUUUUAUAUGUAAGUCACGUCUUGUUAGACAUGAGAGAAGUCACACAGGUGAAAAACCAUUUCCAUGUUCUGAGUGUGGGAAAUGUUUUAUAGAUAAGUCACAUCUUGUUAGACAUGAGAGAAGUCACACAGGUGAAAAACUAUUUCCAUGUUCUGAGUGUGGGAAAUGUUUUGUACAGAAAUCAGAUCUUGUUAUACAUGAGAGACGUCACACAGGUGAGAAACUAUUUCCAUGUUCUGAGUGUGGGAAAUGUUUUAUACAAAAAUCAGAUCUUUUUAAACAUGAGAGAUGUCAUAGAGGUGAAAAACCAUUUCCAUGUUCUGAGUGUGGGAAAUGUUUUAUAGAUAAGUCACAACUUGUUAUACAUCAGAGAAGUCACACAGGUGAGAAACCAUUUCCAUGUUCUGAGUGUGAGAAAUGUUUUACACAGAAAUCACAUCUUGUUAGACAUGAGAGAAGUCACACAUAUUCUGAGUUUGAGAAGUAAAUCAGCUUUGUUUCACACAAUAGACAUCACACAGUUGAGGAACCUUUGUUAUCUCAACAUCACCAUUGCCAUGCAAUGUUCCUCAAGGUCCUGUCCUAUCUCCUAUGCUUUUUGCAAUAUACAUGCUGCUACUGAGUGAAACAAUCAGAUGUCAUGCCCUGGUCUACCACUGCUAUGCCGAUGACCUCUCUAUUGCUCUGUGUACUCGGAAACCAAUACCAAUCCUAAGUGGCUGUCUAGCUGAGCUCCAGGUGUGGGUGAUACCAGUUGGCUGUGACUCAGUUGUGGUGAAACGUCCUUAUGAUAGAGUCUCACCUACAAAGGGCAAGGCUACUGCGUUACCAACCAAUAUGGGGGAAGCUUUAUGUCUGACCUCUCAUUACACAACGUAUCCUGAUCCCGGCUCUAUGUGACCUCUCACAUCUAUCACUUGUGUCACAUUACAUCUUAUACCUGUAGUUUUAUGUUUCUGUUUCCCUGUUACCUGUUCUGUAAGAUCACCUGCUCUCAUUGUGUGGGGGGGAGGGGGGUCACUUUCUAGCAUGAGUAGUAGUUUCUGGAACUGGAUCGCCCAGAGGAGUGUGGGAGUACCAGCCUGGAGGUGACGGAGUGUGGGAGUACUAGCCUGGGGUGACGGAGUGUGGGAGUACCAGCCUGGAGGUGACGGAGUGUGGGAGUACCAGCCUGGAGGUGACGGAGUGUGGGAG